UUUCCCCUUAUUUUUCUCAUUUUGGUGAACCACCUUUGCGAAAAAUUUCCAGCACGAUGUGCGCGGAGUCUUGUCCUGGGGAAAGUAAAGGGAGAUUGAACUGGCAUUUUCAUUGACAAAUUUUCGCGGGAAAAGCCGCACGAACGACGUCACACGUGUGGCCACGAUAACUACCAACGAACUGAAACUGUCUCUGUCUCUGUCUCUAUCUCUUUCUCUCUCUCUGUCUCGCUCCCCUGCUUCGUCUUCAUUCUUGUCCCUUCGCUUCCGUCAUCCUCGCCUCUCUUCUCGCUCUUCACUCCCAUUCCCAUCCUUCACUUCUCUCUCUCUCUUCUAUUAGCCGCAACCGAAUUACUCUGUCAAAGAAAUCACAUGAAAUGGAGGGCGAGAUAAUGGAAGACGAUGACAGGGACGCGAUCGCUUCCCUGAGCUCCGUCCCUCCGCCGCGCAAGAUCCACUCCUACAGCCACCAGCUCCGCACCCCCUUGUCCCAGAAGAAGUGCCGCCAGAUCCGCAAGCACAGCCUCGACGACGACUGCAUCCCCUCCAGUAUCGACAAGUUCUACACCAAUCACUCCUCCUCCGAUGACGACGACGAUGCGGAUGACUUCUUCCCUUACUCCUCCACCGCCUCCCCAGGUGGUGACGACUCUGAUUAUGUUUCUCACAUGGUGGGCCCCGGCAAUGCCUCCGCCAGGGAGGAUCUCUAUCCCAUGCCGGAGUUCGUCGCGAGUGGCGGCGGAGCAGGGAUCUUCCGUGUGCCGCCGCGCUCAGCUGUGCAUCCGAGCCGGCCUCCGUGUCUGGAGCUGAGGCCGCAUCCCCUGAAGGAGACUCAGGUGGGUAAGUUCCUCAGGAACAUUGCUUGUACGGAUACGCAGCUUUGGGCUGGCCAGGAGAACGGAGUGCGGGUUUGGGAUCUCGAGAAGGUGUUUGAGGUUGGGUCAGGGCGGGGUAGGACCCGGAGAGGUGAUGAGGAUGCCGUGCCGUUUCAUGAGUCGGUGACGACGUCACCCACCAUGUGUAUGAUGGUUGACUCUGGGAAUAGGCUGGUGUGGACUGGUCAUAAGGAUGGGAAGAUCAGAUCCUGGAAGAUGGACCAGCCCUUGGAGCCGGAUGCUCCUUUCAAGGAAGGCUUGUCGUGGCAGGCGCAUCGCGGUCCAGUGCUUUCCAUGGUCAGGACUUCUUAUGGUGAUCUUUGGACUGGAUUCGAAGGUGGCGUUAUUAAAAUAUGGCCAUGGGAAACCAUUGAAAAAUCUCUCUCUCUAUCACCAGAGGAAAAACACAUGGCUGCUCUACUGGUGGAGAGAUCAUUCAUUGACCUGAAGAGCCAAGUCACCGUCAAUGGUGUUUGUAGCAUUUCUUCUUCGGAUGUGAAGUGCUUAGCAGCAGAUAAUGUUAGGGGAAAAGUUUGGGCUGUGGGAUCACUCUCGUUUUCAAAAUGGAAUGCUCGCACAAAAGAGCUUUUGAAAUGUUUUAACAUAGAGGGUCAGAUCGAGAACCGGAUUGAUGUUGCUUCAGCGGCAGAUCAAGCGGUGGAAGAUGAAAUGAAAGUUAAAUUUGUCUCUACAUCGAAAAAGGAGAAAUCUCAGGGCUCUAGUUUUUUGCAGCGAUCUCGUAAUGCCAUAAUGGGAGCUGCUGAUGCAGUUCGUCGAGUGGCUACAAAGGGUGCUGGGGCGUUUACGGAAGAAAAUACCAAGAAAACAGAAGCAAUUGUUCAGACUGCCGAUGGAAUGAUUUGGACUGGAUGCUCAAACGGGCUACUGGUGCAGUGGGAUGGACGUGGAAACCGUUUGCAAGAUUUUAAUCACCAUGCUUGUGCAGUUCUAUGCUUCUGUACUCUUGGAACACGAAUUUAUAUAGGCUAUAUCAGUGGAUUAAUCCAGGUCUUGGACCUCGAGGGAAAUGUAAUUGCUGGGUGGAUUGCUCACAGCAGCCCGGUGAUAAAAUUGGCAGUUGGCAAAAAUUAUAUAUAUAGCUUAGCCACUCAUGGUGGCAUACGGGGGUGGAAUAUAACAUCUCCAGGACCUAUUGACAACAUUAUACGGUCAGAAUUGUCCACAAAAGAAGAAAUAUACACAAGACAACACAAUGUCAAAAUAUUAGUUGGCACGUGGAAUGUUGGCCAAGGAAGAGCUUCUCAAGAGUCACUUUCAUUGUGGAUAGGUUCUGCUGCCUCAGAUGUUGGAAUUGUUGUUAUUGGGUGCCAAGAAGUGGAGAUGGGUGCCGGGUUUCUAGCGAUGUCAGCUGCAAAAGAAACUGUAGGGCUUGAAGGGAGUUCAAUUGGACAUUGGUGGCUGGAUACUAUCGGGAAGACUUUGGAUGAAGGAAAUACCUUUGAGCGUAUGGGGUCUAGGCAGUUGGCUGGGUUGCUCAUAGCUAUCUGGGUUAGAAAGAAUCUCAGAACGCACGUUGGAGAUGUUGAUGUUGCAGCAGUUGCGUGUGGCUUUGGUCGUGCAAUUGGUAAUAAGGGCGGUGUAGGCUUGAGGAUCCGUGUCUAUGAUCGGAUUAUAUGCUUUGUGAACUGUCACUUGGCAGCACAUUUGGAAGCUGUCAAUCGGCGGAAUGCUGAUUUUGAUCACAUCUACCGAACUAUGGCAUUCAGCCGAUCAUAUAAUGUACUCAAUGCUGCAGCUGCUGGCGUCUCCUCUUCAGCACAGAUGCCUCGCAGUAUGAGUAACACGAGUCACAACUCUGAGGAGGGCAGACCUGAUCUGUCACAGGCAGAUAUGGUGGUGUUUCUUGGUGAUUUCAACUAUAGACUAUUUGGUAUAUCUUAUGAUGAAGCAAGGGACUUUGUUUCCCAGAGAAGCUUUGAUUGGCUUAGAGAAAAGGAUCAACUGAGAGCAGAAAUGAAGGCAGGGAAAGUAUUCCAAGGAAUGCGUGAGGCACUCAUCAGAUUUCCUCCAACUUACAAGUUUGAACGUCACCAAGCAGGUUUAGGAGGAUAUGAUUCUGGGGAGAAGAAGCGCAUUCCUGCUUGGUGUGACAGAAUCAUCUAUCGUGACAACCGGUCCUCUUCAGUGUCAGAAUGCAGCUUGGAGUGUCCCAUUGUCACAUCUAUAUUACAGUAUGAGGCUUGUAUGGAUGUGACUGACAGUGAUCACAAACCUGUACGCUGUAAGUUCAGUGCUGAAAUUGCUCAUGCUGAUCGAUCAGUUAGGAGACAAGAGUUUGGGAAUAUAGUGAAAUCAAAUGAAAACAUCAGGACCAUGCUAGCAGAAAUGCGUCGUGUUCCGGAAACUGUUGUGAGCACUGACAGCAUACUUCUGAAGAACCAGGACACUUUCAUUUUAAAAAUCACCAACAGAUGUGUCGAUGACAAAGCCGUGUUUAGAUUUAUUUGUGAAGGUCGGUCUGCUUUGAAGGACGAUGCUCAUCCAUCAGAUCAACGUCCAAGAGGUUCCUUCGGCUUCCCACGAUGGCUUGAGGUGACACCAGCUGGUGGCAUAAUAAAACCUGAACAAUUUGUGGAGGUUUCAGUCCACCAUGAAGAAUUGCAUACACUAGAGGACUUGGUUGAGGGUAUACCACAGAACUGGUGGUCUGAAGAUACCCAGGAUAAGGAAGUGAUUUUAAAGUUGAUGAUCCAAGGAAGUCGCUCCACCGAAACAUGGAGCCACAAGAUCCGGGUGCGUCACUGCUAUUCAUCCAAGAUGCUUCAUGUGGACUCAAAGUUGGACGGUUCCAGAAAAAGCCAAGGUGGUUCAGUUUACCUGCCUGAACAUCGGCAGCACAGCAAUUCUACUGACAUUGACAACUUCCGGAAUUCGCACAACCCUUGAAUGCUCAAGAGGGAAUGAGAUAUUUUUUUGGGACCUUAUGCGUCCUUACCAGCUGCACAUUCUAUUCUGAUGCUGAAGGUUUCCUCAGAUUCAUGCAGAGGAAGCAAUAUCCGGAUGUAAAUACUUAGCUUCUUGCUUCUAGGAGCAGGUUCAAAUUCUUUUACCAUGCUUUCAGAUGUUUCUUCAACUAGAUUGGUCAUCUUCUAUUCUUUAACUAAUGACAUGUUAGUCAAGGCUGUACAAUUUUGUUGGCAAAAUAGCUCUUUUUUCUUUUACCAUAGAGGUGGAAAUUUGGAAAGUAAUCGGGAGAAGAUUUUGGGUGCAUGGUGAUAUUGUUUGUGUAUAAUUCCUGGGGAGAUGCAAAAUCUUUCCUCAAAUAUAAGGGAAUGACUUAUUGAGGUUC